AUCUUCUUGCCCCUGUGGCCCGUCCGUCCGAGUGUCCGACGCCGCUGCGCCAACCGAAGCGUCUCGCGGUCGCGGCCACGUCUCGCCGGAGAUCGCGCGCAUCCGAACGCCGCCGCCAUGUCCUGCCGCCCCUCCACCACCACCUCUUCUCCUCUCUCCCUCCCGCGCUCCGCUUGCAGGAGCUGGUCCAGCGGCAGCGUCGCCUUCUCCGCGCGUGGGGGAGGAGCGAGGCGGAGGAGUGGGCAUUUGGUGGUCGCGGCGAGCAGUAGCAGCGGGAGCAAGGACGAGACGGCGGAGGGGGGAAAGCAACAGGAGGAGGACUCGGAGUUCAACCCUUUUGGGUUCGUGACGGACAACCCGUCGAGCCGCGGCGCCAUCCAGCUGCCGGAGUCCCCCGCCCAGGACGGCAAUGUCGGCCAGAUGCUCUACAGGAUCGAGGACAAGGGAAGGGAGUUCGGAACGAGAGUGAAGUCAGGAAAGCUGCGAUGGUUUGUGAGGGAAACAGGUUCCGCUGGUGCCCGACGUGGGACUGUCGUGUUUAUUCACGGUGCUCCAACUCAGUCAUUUAGCUACCGUAUGGUUAUGUCUCAGAUGGCAGAUGCUGGCUACCACUGCUUUGCUCCUGAUUGGAUAGGAUUUGGGUUCAGUGAUAUGCCACAGCCUGGAUAUGGAUUUGACUACACAGAAGAGGAGUUCCACAAGUCAUUGGAUGAGCUUCUUGGUACUCUGAAUAUCACUGAGCCAUUUUUCUUAGUUGUCCAGGGAUUUCUUGUAGGUUCAUAUGGGCUAACAUGGGCACUGAAGAACUCAGGCAAAGUUCUCAAGGUAGCAAUUCUUAACAGUCCACUUACUGUUUCUUCUCCAGUUCCAGGAUUGUUUAACCAGCUAAGGUUUCCUCUUUUUGGUGAAUUUACCUGCCAAAAUGCUGUUUUGGCUGAGAGAUUUAUUGAAGCAGGAAGCCCCUAUGUGCUGAAGUCAGAGAAAGCCGAUGUAUACAGAUUACCAUAUCUAUCAAGUGGCGCACCUGGGUUUGCAUUGCUUGAAGCUGCCAGGAAAGCUAACUUUCGAGAUGUAUUAAAUAGAAUUUCUUCUGGAUUUUCAUCCAACAGCUGGGAAAAACCUAUAUUGCUUGCAUGGGGAAUUUCUGAUAAGUACUUGCCACUCGCCAUAGCCGAGGAAUUCAAGAAAGGUAAUCCUGCGGCCAUAAAAUUGGAGGCAAUAGAAGGAGCUGGUCAUAUGCCUCAAGAGGACUGGCCAGAGAAGGUUGUUACGGCCCUAAGAUCCUUCUUGUAGAGUUUGGCACUAUCCUUUUUUCCAGUACAAGGUACAUGCAAAAGAUUGACUAUAAGUUACAGGAUAUGCUUAACUAGGCCUCUAACAUGCCAAUUACCGACGGCAAAUCAAAUCAAGAUGGGAUGGAUGAGUUCAAGAAAUUAUAGUUUUGUUCUUAGCUGAAUUUCUUCUUGGUCUCACAUGUUCACCAGAUCUGGUCGUUUAGGAUGUUACAUUCCUCUAUAAAUGUAAAGUGUGUAUUUAUGCAGUUGGAUAUAAAUACCAUGGGUAAAUAUUUAUCAGUGUACAUGCAACCGCAUUUU